AUGUCUGAUACGUCUAACGACAACCUGAUUGCGCGUCUGUUCCGUUCGAGCAACGAGUCGGAAAACGCUUGGUCGGACAUCUCAACAACAGAGCCCGAACACGAUUCGCACCAGGAGCCGGAAAGUUCCACCGAAGACGUGGAACACACUGCUGAGGAGGACGAUGGCCACACGGCAGCAGACAACGAUCGAGGGGCGGACAUCACAUCGCUGAAAAGCCCUGAUGGCCCCGACCUUGAGCAUCUGCUGAACCGGAUCUCCAGCGCCACAGGCGACCCAACAAUUGUUCGCCGAGAAGCGGCAACGACCGAAGCGCCGGCGAACGAAACUCCCGAUGAAGAGCAAAUCUCGGGCGAAUGGUAUCCCAUCGAACCAACCACCUUCCAAGAAGCCAAAUUAUCGGAAAGCGAAGUCGAAUCGCUGCUGCUGAAAAGUCUGAUGGCCCGCGGGGCGCUGACCGGCCGAGCGAUGGCCGCACAAGUGCAGCUUCCCUUCAAAAUGCUGGACGAUUUGCUCCGCGAUAUGAAAGCCAGCCAGUACGUCUACUAUCGUGGCACGGCUCCGAUGAACGACUACGAGUACGAGCUGACCGACUUGGGCCGGGAGCGUGCUCGACGGCUUUGGGACCAUUGUACGUAUUUUGGUUCCGCCCCGGUCUCGAUUAACGAAUAUGUGGCCAGCGUUACUGCUCAAUCGCUAACCGAGCAGCACCCCACCUCCGAAGACCUGAAACGGGCAUUUCAAGACCUGCUGCUCAACCAACGAAUGUUCUCCCGCCUGGGCCCCGCCAUCAAUUCCGGCCGCGGGUUAUUUCUCUACGGCGCUCCGGGUAACGGAAAGACGAGUAUCGCAGAACGGGUCACCUUGGCCUUUGGCCAAACCAUUUGGGUCCCCCGUGCUCUGGGAAUCGAUGGUGAAAUCAUUCGUCUUUACGACCCGAUUAAUCACGAAGAGAUGCCGCUCGGCGACCAUUCCGGCCUGAUCGACAAGCGACGAAUCGACAAACGCUGGAUCCGGAUUCGCCGGCCAACGAUCAUCGUCGGUGGUGAACUUACGAUGGAAAGCCUGGAGGUGGCCAACAGCCCCGCCACGGGCAUCAGCGAAGCCCCGCUACAACUUAAGAGCAACUGCGGCACCCUGGUUAUCGACGACUUCGGUCGUCAACGGAUGACCACCGACGAACUGCUCAACCGGUGGAUUGUUCCUCUGGAAAAGCGUUACGACUUCCUGAACCUGGCCAACGGUAAGAAGGUGCAGGUACCGUUUGACCAAUUGAUCGUGUUCUCGACCAACCUCGAGCCAAAGGACUUGGUCGACGAUGCCUUCCUCCGCCGUAUUCCCUACAAGAUCGACGUCUGCGAUCCCAGCGAAGAGGAAUACCGCGAGUUGUUCAGAAUCAUCAUUACCACGCAGUAA